AGUUGGGGCCAGUUGUUCGGCCAAUAGCGUGCCAGGCGGUUGUGAUGCGCGCACGAAUUUUCGCUUGAAGAGAUAUUAUCAAAUAAAUUCUGAUAGAUACACGACAGCAUAACGGAUAAAGCAAACAAAGAAAAAGCAUUUUGUAUUCUUUAUUUUGCCUUGGCAGCGCAUUAAAAUUCAUUUCAGACUCAAUUAAACACGCGUAAGAUUAAUUGUAAAAUUGUAAAAUGAGCAACUCACAGCAUAUUACGCUCGACUUGGACACGAUGUCCGCGGACAAAACUCCAGCGAAAAAUCAAGUUAAUCACAAUGAGGCCGUGGAUGAUGAGAUCGAUGGACGUAAAGUGCGCAUACCUCGAGCAGUGCCCGAAAUCGAUGAUGAUGAUGAUGAACGACCAUAUGCGAAUGGCGUCAAUACCGGCGUGGAUGAUGGCCUGCUAGGCAAUGGCGAUGGAGCUGGUAAUGGUGGAGCCACAAUGCCCAUGCCGAAUGGCGGGCGACGUCGCAGCGUCGGGUAUCCGGGCUAUGAUGGCACCGGCUUUGUGAACAUCAAUGGCGUGGAGACGCCCAUACCGGAUGUGAAUGCGUAUCAGCAUAAGAAGACGCUCGCCCAGGGCAUGAUGGAUCUGGCCCUGCUGUCGGCCAAUGCAAAUCAGUUGCGUUAUGUGCUGGAAACCAGUAACCAGCAUCCGUAUUUUUAUCCCAGCCUAUUGUUCAUAUCGGUGAGCAUCAUAUUCCAGAUAGCUGUCGGUGUUGGACUUAUAUGGAACGGCAGGUUCAAUAUCAGGAACGAACAGGAAAUAUGUCGUGCCAAUAAAAUUAAUAAUUACACAGUCAUUGGCAUAUUUAUUGUAACAGUUGUGAACGUUUUAAUAUCGGCCUUUGCUGUGGCUGACCGAGCACCCGCAACGACAACGUAGCCGCACAAUUUACGAUUAGAACUUUUAGAAAUUAUAUAUUUAGGCAAAUACUCACAAUUUUUACAAAAGCACUUUUCCCAUUUUUAUAUUUCUAUGCCAUUGUGAUAAAUAAAUUGAAAGUCAUCGA